UGUUCGCAGCGAACAUGUAGCUAGUAAUAAAUUUCAGUAUUUUUUAUUAAGCUUUAUUCAAUCAUAUAUUUGCAUCUUAAUUGUAACUGUUCGUGAUGGAGAUCAAGUCGUUUAAACCUAUCUAUUUCAAAGACAUUUCAAGUUCUUUCUCUGGAGAACAGCCUAAUUUAAAGUUUGGUGAAGUUCCCUUUAAUAUUUUGUACGACUUUCUCACAGAUCUCAGCAAUAGGAACAAACAUCAUUUGAACCACUUAUCCACUUGCAGUGGGAGUUUUAAAGACCGAAGAUUAGUUGAGUGCGUCUUCCUCAUAUGCGAAGAGUUAAAACUUGACUCAUUGGCUGGAUACCAAGCAAUUGAAAUAUUGGAAAGGUUUAUGAUAAAGCACCUUGAUCAUCUGUUUUGCACCUACAGCAGCGCAGGUGAUGAUGAUAGCGGCAGGAGCGUUGCGGACUAUAUUUUCAUUAGGCUGAGCCAGAAAUUCAGUCUCCUGAUCAUCUCGUGCAUACAGCUGGCGAGCAAACUCACACUUCACAGCAAUGUAAUUGACAACAACACAGCUGUGAAGUUUCUGAAGUCUAUUGGGCUCUCCUACUCCAAAGACACACUUUUGGAAUCUGAACUUCUCGUCUUAAAAACACUGAACUUCAGCAUCAGUGUCCCAAAUCCUCUAAUGUAUGUGGAAACAUUACUGGAAGUGCUGGGGUACAAUGAUGCGUCCGCCCCCGUCUCUCAGCUGUACGCCCUCUGCCACUGCUUGCUCCGGUGCGCCUAUCUGCAGAGGAAGCCUAUUUACCACUCCCUGCUGGUAUCUGCGACCAAGUGCGCCAGUCCGUCGCAGGAGCAGAGAGUGAAGUUUGCAGAAGUGACCGAGGACUUCAUGCUACUGAGCGUGGGCGUCAUUGCUGCGGGUGCUUUUAUCCUCAACGUCGCCAGCUGGGAGCAGGUUGUGGAGGAGCUGAAUUACAUAACAGGGAUCUCUGCACAGAGCAUUAUGGAGUUUGCAUAUGUAAUGCUGUCACACAUUGUGAAGAAUGAAUUUGUGCAAGUCACAUGAGCCCGGCUGUUCCCUGCUCUAAUAAGCAGCCGUAGCCUUUCCUUAUGGAUUACAGCGGCAAGUGCCCCGUGUCAAAUUACUGUACAAAGUGUCUUUGGUUUGUUUGUUAGAUGUACAGAAUGGAAUGGUGGGUCACUGGCCUCCAUUCAGAUGCCAUCGUAAAUUACAUUUUUCUGAGCACUCUAAUAAUGAGGUCAGUCACCCAACAUUAGAAAAUGUUCAACUUCUAGUUAAGUGACUCAAAGUUCUCAUCAGUUAAAAAGUACUGUUGUUGUAAACUUUGUUAGCUUGUAUACAGUUUAUAUGUAUCUGGAUGUGUAAAAGAACAUCAGAAACUCCACAUACCUGCGUCAUUGACACUUUGCUUUAAUAAUAUAUUUCUCUGAUGUUAAACAUUAAUGGUACUCCAGGACUGCAUGUCCCUUACUUCAUGGAGGUGCUCACCCCAGUGUUUGGACCAAAUCUCCAGUCUGGCUCUCUCAGUCUGACCAUCUAAUUACAUCCCGGUUUAAUUAGUCAAAUGUAUCCCCCCUCUCGACCUCAACUGAUGUCUGGUAAGCAUUCUGCCAAAAAAUAUUCUCUUGCUUAUAAUCAGUUUUUGGUCCACACAUCGAUGGGUGGUGAUUCAGAUUCCAUGUCAUACUGUUGAGCACAUUAUGAUCUAUGAACCCUGUAACGUAAAUGCAGUACAUUAUUAUUUUUUAUUAUAAUUACUUGGUUGAUUUAUUGGCUUAAGUUUGAGAUAUAUGAAAUAUCGAUGACAUUACUUUGAAUCUUUAUUCAACCAUCAACCAUAUUUUUUUAAAUACUGUAUAGAGAAGCUAUAGCUCUAAUUUAAGGUCUAGUUAUCAGUUCAGGUACCACACUAGGUGGAAUUGGGUUGUGCAGACUAUGUCGAGGAUGUUUGGUUGGCAUUACUUAGAAAAUAAAAAUGUGUUCAUAUCCUUUU